AUGGAUCCCAACACUGGCUAUCCCGCCGGCUAUCCCGUCCCGACUCCAAGCCCCCAAAAUCAACAGAUGCCAUUUUACCCUAACGCCGUUCCUCCAUACCCUCAAUCCAAGACACCAUCGACUCAACAUUUUGGUGGUAUGCCAAUGCAGCAUGGUCCCGGUGGAGCUAUGAUGCCUUCAGGUUUCCCCCAAUCCUCCGGUUCCCAGCAUGGAAUUGGCCACGCUAUCACUGCAGUGAUCCUUGGCGCUUUCCAGCUGUUACCACUUGUCCUUUGUUUGCCCGAAGUUCUUGAAAACUCUCAUAGUAAUUUCUUGAGAUAUUUUGGACUGAUCAUCAACGCAAUAACAGCACCAAUGGAGAAUUUCUCAACACCCUUCACCCAAGCUCCUAUUCCCGGCCCCAUGGGCCAAUACGUCCCCCCUCAUGGCACCAGCGCAAAUGUGCCAUCACAAGUAGCACAAACUUUCUCCCAGAACAUGGCAUCCAUAUCGGCGAACAAUCUGCUCGGCACACAACCCAGACCUUCUUCGCAAAUGAACUCCCCACAAAGCGGCGCUUCUCCUGCAGCUCCAGCUCAGUCUCAGGCCCAAGCUCAGGCCCAAGCUCAGUUUGCGGCGCGUGAGAAGGCCCGUGUCACCGCUCUACUCGAUAUUAAUUCCGCUCUGCUGCAAGAAGUGGUGAACCUCCAAGCCGCUGGCAAGGCUGGCCCUGCCUCCAACCCAGAUACAAACUCCCCGACAUCAGAGCAGGUGGAUGCGUCCAAGGCAAAUCAAAAGCCGAGCCCAGAAUAUAUCGAGUGUAUGCGACGUUUACAGGCCAACCUUGCUUACCUUGCGACCAUCGCCGAUAGAGCGAAGAAAGCAGGUGGUGUUGUUCCUCAAACGCCGGCGAUCAUGACACCGCCUCCCAAUCUUCCCGCGUUGAACGAUCUGUAUGCCAAACUGAAUGAACUUUUUCCUCGAUCUGGGAAGACUUCAACUCCACAAAGACUCAGUCCCAACGGUGGGCCAAGCCCCAGUGCGAUGAAUGAGUCGAUUGUAUGA